AUGCACCCGAGAAAUGCUCCAGGAGGCCACGGCGGCAUACGGGAAGUCCGAGCACAAAUCGCCGGGCUGCCGAAUAGUUCUAUGACCGCUCUGGCUAGCAACGCUAGCUAUGUGGAGAAUGAUAUGGCUAUGGAUAUCAGUAAGGGUGUUCUAACCCAGGCUGUUACUGUCGAUUUCAACCGCAGUCUCUACGAUACUACUCAGUGCGCUACGUUCACGGAACUGUCAGCAGCUACGAACCAGCAUCCAUAUGUUAUUCAUACACGAAUGCUCUUUGGUACCGACGACAAGAUCACAGCUAUUCAAUCGGUUAUCGCAGACGCCGGCGACUGGGCAUUUAAUGCGACAGGGCAACUCUAUUGGAAUAAAAAAGAGAACUGGGAUCCCAUCCCGGAGGCCAAACGGGACAGCCGCACGGUUAUUAAGGCCGCCGGGGACGCCUACCUCGAUAGUUGGGGCGACGGCACCGUUAAGGUCCCGUAUGGCACACCGUGUGCCCGGCUCGAGGGCGGCUCGUACACAGGGGGGAGCAACCCGACUGCUAAUACAUGCAAAAUGCCCGAGUUCCCCAAGCCGUUUAAGAUCACGAACCGGCGCUAUAUCAUUGACGAGGAGUUAGGGGGGCUUGAUAUCUUUAACGACUUUCCGUUCAUCGACAAAACAAAACCCGAUGGCACACCUAGCACCAACUUUAUUAGGGUCGAGGGAGGGAUGAUUCGUUAUAUUCAUGAGGUUACUGUGUGCUCUACCCGUAACUGUGGGCGAUAG